UUUAGGCAGAUGCUUUUGACAUCUGCCAAUAUAAUUUCUGAGACUUUUGUAAUAUCGGUCUUGAAUGUGCUUGAAAAGUACCGAAUACCCAGUCCGGGUUUUACACCAGCAGUAAAUGAACUUUGUCCUAGUCAUAUAAAUAUAUGUGACACAAUAACAUCGAACAAAGUUGUGUCCAAACAAAGGUAACGAGAGGCUCGCACCAUCGCCAAAGACGCUCGAAAACUGGUUGUUUGCAAAAUGAAGCUGUGUAUAGUUGGCAUCACCGUGCUUGUGGCUUUUGCAGUGACAGCAAAUGGCUACUGUGAUUACAAGAGCCAUGCCAUACACACAGGGCUAUCCAAAGCCAUUCUACAGGCAAAUCGAUGGUUGUUAGAAGCUCAAGAUGAUGAAGGAAAAUGGCUAGAUGCCCAUACAACAGGGUAUGCGCUGACUGUUUUAAAACUAAUGGGAUAUGAUUUGGAUGAGGAGAACACGUGCUCAAAAACUUUCCAGAAGGCUGCGAAGUAUUUGAAAGGUGUCAAAGGUGACAUCAAAGAAGCACAUGGUGGUGAACUUGCGCAAAUAAUAAUGGGCCUAAAUGCUUUGUGUGAAGAUCCAAGUGAUUAUCAAGGGAUGAAUUUAACAGACAAUUUGCUUCAGGAUGUGAACAACUUCCCAAAAGGCAAAUUCAAUCACUACUUUCAGUACAGCCUCGCACUGAUGACCCUUGGUAUCAAUGACGUAAGAGUCGAGUGGUCCGCCGUGGAACGAAUCUUGAGUAAAGUGGAGAUGAUACUUCGAACUGGAGAGAAGCACACCAAAGACACGUGUGCACUGUUCGUGAUGGCGUUGCAAAGUGUUGUUCAUCAAUUCCACGAUAAAGAAUAUCAGUUGAAGUGGAUUAACAAAAUCAUUACAAAGCUGAGCAACACCCUGGCAAUGAAAACGAAAGCUGGUAUGGACAAUCACGUGACCAUAGCCCUUGUAAUGCAGGCUCAAACUGCAGUUGGGAAAGACCUUGAUUGGAAGGAAACCAAAUGCGAGAAAACACUCAGAUAUAUAAUAAAUCAGAAAGCUAAAGACGGUUCGUUUGGUAACCUGGGCUCCACGCUCAGUGUUCUUCCUGCUUUAGCUGGUGUUUCAUUCUUGGAUUUGAAGAACAACGCAAGCUGCAAUUACGAUGAGAAAAAAAAACCAUUGCCAGGAAAUAUUGUCGUCAGCAUUGAUAUUGAUUUCGAGGCAACUGAAAAAGAGAGUCCCGAAACACAAGUUGUGCAGAUAGUAAAUGGUUCAACGGUUCUGGAUGCAUUGCGAGCCGCCGCUGCGGAGGACGAAUGCUACCAAUUCGAGACACGCACAACAUCAUGGGGAGAAUCACUGGUAAGGCUUUGUAGAAACCACAUUGUCAAUAACAAGAAAAUCUAUUGGUUUUACUACGUAAAUGGAAAGAUGCCAAAUAAGGGCUUCGACAGUUACGUGCUGGAAAAUGGAGAUUCUGUUACAUUCAAGUAUCGAAAACUCUCAAAUUAAAUGAAGAGAACAAUAUAACUGAUCGUAGCACGUGCUUAUCGAUAACCUUUUACAGUGAUUUACAAAAGUAGUUGAUUGACAGAUUUUGUAGUGAAAUUUUGUCCAAAGUAGAGCAGUAUGAUAACGAUGGAAGUAGACUGGGCAACUAAAUUUAAGCAAUCAAGCAUUUACAAAA